AUGCCUGUGUUGGCACCUCCAGCUGAGCGCAGCCAGGACACUCGCGUCGGGGCCCCAGCGUGGCGCGAGGCGGCACUGGCCAUGGCGAGGAAGGCGCACCGUGUGACUGACCGCUGCGGGCAGGAGGCGGUGACCAUGUGGCAACCCAAGGACAGUGUGCGGGACCCACACGUGGUGCGCCACGUCUGUCGCGCUGCCUACAUCCUGCCCUGGCGCUUCCACGUGGAGAUGAUAGAAGGUGGCGGCACCUUGGAGAAGCCACCACCCGGCGAGGGCGUCACGCUGUGGAAGAGCAAGAUGAAGCCACCCGCCUGGCCCGCCCGCCUGCCGCUGCCCCUGAACCGCGACGCGCGCGCCCUGCAGACGGCCGAGGUGGUGCACGCGCAUGCGCGAGGGGCGCGCCUCGCCGCCGCCCGCCUGUGCCGCGCGCAGCGCCAGAUCGACGGGCAGCUGCGACAGCUGCUGCGCCAGCGCGAGGCGACCGACCGCGGGCUCAGCGCGGUGCGCAAGGGCCUGCUUAUCAACCAGCAGAGCGUCAAGCUGCGGGGCUAUCGGCCCAAGUCUGAGAAGGUCCCUGACAAAGCUGACAGUGCGCUUAUGUGGGAGAAAGAGGAGCUCAAGAAAAUGAAGAGGAAAAUGGAAAAAGAUAUGGAAAAAUCAGAAAUCCUACUGAAGGCCCUGGCCUCCUGCCACGACACUCUGGUCUUCUGCUGUAAGGAGAGGCUCCAGGCCGUCGACCUCAUGAACCAGCCCCUGGACAAGGUUCUGAAGCAGGCCGGCCGCCACUCGUGGGUGAACCUCUCCCGCGCCCCCACCCCGCGCACUCAGGGCCUGAAAACGCCUCCUCCAGACCCGGUGGGCACCUACACCCCAGGGUGCGCGGAGGCACUUGACGAAGCCAAGCGGUUGUUGGCCGAGUCCAAGGAAACCUUGGUAGAAAUGGCAAAGAACGAAGUGGACAUCCGGGGGCAACAACAGCAGACAAGCGACCGCGUGUGCGCCUCCCUGGCGCAGAAGAUGCGCGAGACCUUGGAGCUGAAGGAAAGAAUGAACAUGACUUGCGGAUUAAUGAGGGGAACUGUCCACCGUUGCAAGAAAUUCAACCAAGAGAUGUACAUCACCCGGGGCCUCAUCAAGGGUCCUCUGUCGAAAUGUCACCUGGAGACUCGAGAGAAGCUGGACAGGCCCCUAGUUCGCAUGUACCAGAGACACGUGGGCACACAACUCCCCGAAGCCACGCGCCUCGCCCAGGGCUCGGACAAGCUGCAGCGCCACAUCUCGCAUAUGGAAAAGAAACUGAAUGAGCUGCUCACCACGCGCAAGAACCUCGCCUGGAACCUUAACUGCAAGAAGAUUGGACACGAUGUGGACUACACCGUGGUGCGCCUGCGCCUGCGCCAGCGGCACCCGCACGUGUGCUACGAGCAGGCGCAGCGCCUGGUCAAUGACUGGGACACACGCACGCCGCCACGCAGCGAGACCAGCUGCGGCCCAGAGGGGUCGGCGCGCCCCUAG